AUGUCAGAGGAUAUAGAGACGUUGCUUAAGAGGUUCCAGUACAGGAGGGUGCUGAACUCGAACCCGCAGGUUAAAGUGCUGUCGUUGCUCGGGUCCAUCGACCGCAAGGACGCGAUCCUGACGUUCGAGAAGACGCACUUCCUGUUCGAGGAGAACGUGAAGAGGCAGAGGCAGCAGCAGAAGGAGCAGAAGAAGACGACGCAUGCUAUCUCCGAGGACUCUGCUGCGGUGCAGACGUGUGGGGCACCCCCCCAGUCGUCCUCGCCCGUGUAUUACUCGCUGGAGAACGAGUACAGCUGUCUCAACGGGAUAGAGCAAGUGACACAGGUGACCGCCAACGACAUCUACUACUGGGGGUUGGCCGUGAUGAAGCAAGAGUUGCGGCACAACCCGACCGCAAAGGUGAACCUGAUCUGGCCCGCAAGCGCAGUGCACGUCAAGAAGUACGACCAGCAGAACUUGCACCUCAUCCGGGAGACGCCUGAGAUGUACAUGAAGGUAGUGAAGCCGUACAUCGACGAGAUGGCCGCGCCGGAGAAGCUUGGGUGGGUAUACCGGGUGCUGUACGAGGACCAGGACAAGGACCGCGUCGUGUACAAGGAGGACGGGAACUUCCUCAUCCUGCCGGACACGGAUUGGGACGGCGUGAACAUCGACUCGCUGUACCUCGUGGGAAUCGUGUACCGGGACGACAUUCGGUCCUUGCGGGACCUGAAACCGGCAGACAAGGACUGGCUCAUUGCGCUCGACCGUAGGAUCAAGUCCGUCGUCCCCGCAUGCUACAACUACUCCGUCUCCGCUGACGAGCUGAAGAUCUUCAUCCAUUACCAGCCCUCGUACUACCACUUCCACGUCCACAUCCUCAACAUCAAGAACCCGGGCGCCGCAGAGUCCACUGCGAUCGGGAAGUCCGUGCUGCUCGAGGAUGCUAUCGAGACGCUCGACCACCUCGGGCCCGGCGGGUACAUGGAGCGGGCGCUGACGUACUCGCUCAACGAGAGCCACGACCUCUGGCGCAGGGGACUCAAAGAGGAGUCCGAGAAGCAGCUGGUCGCGGACGGCGUGCCCAAGCCACCAAAGGUGGUCAACGGGCGCGCAGAGUGA